AUGUAUGGUGCACUGGAUGUAUACUUUUUGGUGCUGAUCUACCGCCACCGCCAGAGCGUUGUUGGAACGCACUAUUUCCUGCUUUGCGUAUUGCUGCUGGCAACUGGUGAAUCGUUGGCGUGGUUUGUGACUUAUAAACAGCUGAAUGAUUCAGGUGUGCCUGUUUGCUGUCCGUACCCAGACUCCGUGCUGUUUUCUACGUUCGUGAAGGUUCUGGCCGGGAUGGUGGCGCGUAUUGCAACCACUCUAGUCAGUUUGGGCUAUGGGAUUGUCCGAAUGCAGAUCUCAUGGCCAGAGGUGUUCGUGGUUUCUGGACUUGGCGUGUGUUACUUUAUCGCUGUUGGAGCAUUGGAAGUGAGCCAUCUUGCCAAUCAAUCGGACGGUGAUGUGCGGCCUCCUGCUGUCUGGGAAGCGCUCGUCAUAAUGACCAAUGCGUGCUUUGGGGGGUGGAUUUACUUGUCUUUGGAGCUGACACGCAAGAAUCUUGCCGCUUUCGGCCAGACUGCAAAACUGCAGAUAUACACUUCCCUCAAUCGCAUCUUGGUAGCUUACUUGAUGACUUCUUUCAUCUUGAUGGCAAUCGAAGGGGCUAUUUAUUCGGGUGCAGUGCGGAUACCGUGGACGUACACGUGGGUUGUGUGGGCGGCAACCCGGCUGCUCUUCUUUGGUAUCUUGCUAGUUGCAGUGUAUCUAUGGCGACCCACGAAGCACGGUUUGCUCUAUGCACAAAUGGAUCAACUUCCCACGCGUAGCUUCAGCAGCAGACGACGAAAUUUCCCCGCCCUCUAA